AUACAUGAAUUUUCCAAGGAAGUAAGAAAUUUCAGAAAAAACCAAUCUCUGGACUUCUUGAUCGAGUCAUCUCCCAAAACAUUUUCCGUAUAAACCUUUCUUUUCACCAAAAUUAUUUGUUGAAAAAAGAAGUUAGAUUCAUAUCAGAAAACUUGAAUUUUGUAAAGAGAAAAGAAUGGAUGAUAAGGAGCUUGAAUUUGCAGCUGAUUUUGGUUCCAACCAAAUGCCUGAGAAAUUGUCAACGACCACCAUUGACGCACCUUCUGUUUUGCAAAACCAGAACGGCAGAAGCCAAGGAGAGGGAGCACAAGAGCUGCUGCAGCUGCACAAGAAGAAGAAGAAGAAGAAACUGAAAAAGUUGACAUCGAUCAAGCUCUCCAAAUCACCAAGUUUGAAGCCGUCUCGAAGAAGAUCCAAUCACCAUGUAUCCUCCACUGACGAUUCUUGUGAUACAAGUACAGAAAACCUACAGAAUUCAGCAAGAACAUUAACGAGGCGGUCUAGUUUUAAGCCUGCAAAGAAUCUAACGAGAAUUUCCAGUUUAAAAUUUAGAAACCCCUUGAUGAGGAAGUGCUCGGGAGGAACCCAAAUGAAUAAUAUUGAUCUCAUGAAGUCAAGAAUGUCUAAGCCUGCAGAUUCUGCCAUCUCAUCCACUGAUGCAGAUUCAUCAUCACCUGCUUGUUCCAGUAGCAGUACUAGUAAUGAGACUAGGAAAAGAGCAGUUUGGUCAAAGCCGAACUUGAAAACUUCCCCUGGUCAGUGUUCACCCUUGAAUUUUGCAACAAAAUCCAACAAGUAUUGCAGCAGGAACCACUCUGAAAUCUUUCAAGUUCCGGAAUUGAGAGUUCAAAGACCUACAUGUUCUUCGGCACUCAAAGGUUCCAAGUUGCCUGAAAUUCGGGAUCCUGAGGCAGAGGGGACUGAAUGUGAGGGGGGUUCGGCCACCAGGGUUUGUCCAUUCACUUACUGCUCACUUCAUGGUCAUCGCAAUGCCAAUGUACCCCCACUCAAGCGCCUGAUUUCGAUAAGGAGGCGCAUGUUGAGGGCUCAGAGAGGCGUAAGCCGCGUAACACGGGCAACUCAACCGUUGGAGAGAGUGAAAAGGUCUGGCAAAAAUAAGGAUGAUCAGACUAAUCACAUGGCCUGCAAUGGAAAUGGCGCAGUUCAUGAAAUGAAUGCUAUGGUGUCACUCCCUGCACAGGAUUGUUUAAGUCCGGAAUUUUGUUGCAUCGCUACAAAUUUGGAGUCCACCAAAACAGACUGGAAUGAAGAGAAAUUCGCAGUGUCUGAUCACAAUGAAGGCUCUCUAUCCACUUGCACAGAUGAUAUGAACAUUAAUGAUCCUACAUUGAUUGUUAAAAAUAUGGAGGUUGAUGAUUGCGCAACUGUCAAACUACCAGAUAAUUCGGAAAGACCAACCCCUCAUGAUGUUGUGGAAUCCACAAGGGACAAUGAAAAAAAGGAAGUCUCUUCUGCUUCUCAUAGUCCAGCUUCGAAGGAACAAAUUGCAGAUAAUGAGAACCAAAAAAGAUGUGCGCAAGCAAAGGAGAAAUAUACCCGAAUGUGGCAGUUGAUGUACAAGCACGCAGCAAAAGGUAUCACUCCAAAUGUUGAAAACAAGCUCCCUCUUGAUGGAUCAGACAAGGAAGAGAAACCAAAAGAUGCCAACAUCACGUGCGACACAGACAAUUUAUGUUUCACAGAAACAGACGAGCAUACAGUUUCUGUAAAUCACAGAGCAGGAGAUGAAACUACUGAGAUAUGUUGCCAUGAUGCCAUUCAGCUGGUGCAAGAAGCAUUUGAUAGCAUUCUUCUCCCGGAAAUUCAGGACUGCUCAUAUGAUGAUCAAUCAUCUACUAGGGGCGCCAGCUCAGACUUGGAAGCAUUAGAACAGACAAUAGAUGAGGGUGGGGAGCAGAGCACCUCAACCACCAGUCAUUUGUCUGAGACUAGUACGGCACAAAAUCGAGAAGAGAAAACUAUGUCAGAAGUGGGAGUUAAGACGGACAAGAAAACACCCAAGAGCUGGAGCAGUCUUAAAAAAUUCAUUCUCCUCAAGAGAUUUGUCAAGGCAGUUGAAAAGGUGAGGAACCUCAAUUACCCGAAGCGAGAUUACCUGCCCUUGCAUCCUGAUUCGGAAGCAGAAAAAAUCAAUCUAAGACAGCAGAAGACAGAAGAGAGAAAGAAGGCCGAGGAGUGGAUGCUUGAUUAUGCACUUCAACAGGUUAUAUCUAAACUACCUCAGCCUCAACAAAAAAGAGUAGCAUUGCUGGUAGAAGCAUUUGAAACAGUUCUCCCGUUUUCAGAAGUUAAUGGCAGCCAGAGGUCCAACGAAACAGAUUCCACUAAAUCAGAUCUUCAAGUCUGCAAUGGUUUGCCAGUUCAAAGUUCUGUUCAUCAAGGUAAAGGGAGUGACUCGGAAUCUUCUGCUGAAAUCUUGCUUGGGAAUGUGUUGUGUCCUGAGAAAAGUUUAAAUGAGUCUCCCGAUCAAGUCAGUGAUUUUCAAAUGCAAGAGCAGCGAAGUCAAGUGAAUUUUCCUAAGCUUCGAGAGUCGAGUAUACGCCACUGUUCCAUUCAAACCGAAAGGGAUAUUACCGUUCCUGAGGCCACUGGUGAAGCUCAGAAGGAGAAUCAAAUUGUUUCUAUAAAUGCUUGUGAUCGGGAUGAGAAAGUCAUUGACUUUACCAGUAUUUCUUCAUUAGAAAUCAAAGAUCCCAAGUUAUGUGACAAAACCUCCUUGGAGCAAGAUGAACAUGGUAGCCCCAGUUGUAAAGGUCUGGUAAAUGAAGUGGUUCAAGAAGCCUCCAAAGAAGUUACUUUGAUCGCGAGUUUGGAACUUAGCAACAUUGGUUCCAUGGUGGAAAAUAUCAAAUCUGACACCAAUAAGUUAAUUACCGAAACUGAUGAACAGUCAAAUUCAUCUGAGGACCAAAUCAUUGAAAGUCACGAGGACUCAACAGCAGAUAACACGGUGAUUUCUUUAGCUUCCAUAGGAUCAACUGAGGAGCAAAUGGCAGCAAGAGAAGAGGUGAGAGAACAUGAAGCCUGGUUAGAAAAGAAGAAAUAUACAAACUUAUGGUUCUUAGUAUAUAAGCAUAUGGCAUCAACUAUCGAUCCAAAAGAUGGAGAUGAACCACUUGAAGGAGCUGAAGAGGAACAAGUAGACGACGCCAACAGAUUGCCUGAAAUAGAUCAAGAGAAAAGUGACUAUGCAGACAACAAAAAGGUUGAACUCCGCCAUAUUGAAGCUAUCAAGCUGCAGGUCGAGAAAGCAAUUGAUGAAAUUGUUCUUCCAGAGAACCAGGAUGAAUCAGAUGAUGAUAAAUCAAGCACUAGAGACUCAUGCCCAGAGCAGGAACCUCCAAAAAAUAAAGUUGUCGUAGAAGGGAAAUCUUUCAUCUCGAAAUCCACCAACUUCGCCAAGUUUGAUAAUGCUACCAUUCAAGAAGAAGAAAAUCCAGUCGCAAAGGUGGAAGACAAACCUGCCAAGAAAAUGUCGAAGAACUGGAGCAAUCUGAAAAAAAUGAUUCUUCUCAACAGAUUUAUCAAGGCAUUGGAAAAGGUAAAGAAGUUCAGCCCACGAGGGCCACGAUAUCUGCCCUUCGAACCUGACCCUGAAGCAGAGAAGGUUCAUUUAAAGCAUCUAAACAUGGACGACAGGAAGAAUUCCGAGGAAUGGAUGCUUGAUUAUGCCCUUCAACAGGCUGUUUCCAGAUUAACUCCAGCCCGGAAAAGAAAAGUAUCACUGCUUGUAGAGGCUUUCGAAACAGUCAUUCCAAGUAAUGGAAUUCCAAACCCAUUCAAGCCACAAGUUGCUCACUGAUUUCAGGUACGGCACCUAGAAGACGAAUGCAUGUCCAUAGUAGGAACCUCAGUUUUUUUAGCAUGUAAAUUCACAGUGUCUUUGAAGCUAUAUGUCCGCUGGAAAAUCCUUCAAACUUGUUUCUGUAGUUUCCUUCAGAGACCAUUUUCCUUCA